AUGAAUCCACUCCAGUCGCGCACCCAGCGGAAACCGCCGGACGUGGAGGAAGCCCUCUCGUCGAUGCUGUGGACCCCGUACGAUAAUCCGCUGUCGGAGUCGGAUUCCUCCGACGAGUCGGAGGCGCUGCACCGGCACCGGCAUGGCACCAGCUUCUUCGGAACUAGGCCAAACCACGAGCAGCGCCGCCAGCAGCAGCAGUCGCUGAUGCGACGAAGUCUGUCCGCGUGGAGUUACCGAGCUAACCGCCAAACUGCGACCAAACCAAGGCUCGGUGAGGGCGCCGAUCGGUACAGCGAUCCGUACUUCUGCGAUCCCGGGUCCGACAUCGGCGUAGAGUCGCUCGGAUUCGGGGCCUCCGAUUGGCAUAGUGGGAAUAGAAGUCACCCCUAUUACGGGGCGCCGGUAACGAGCGGCAGUCGAAGCUUCCACGGACUCGGCCCAACAACGGCACUGAGUCUGAGGGCCACCGGAGAUCCUCCGUGGCCGUCCGGGGAGGGCAGCGCCAGCGAGAAGCGUCAGCAGUACCUUCCCUUGCAGGCUCCGUUCGUCGGCCGGUGGCAUCGAUUACCUCGACCAGCGGCAGAGGAUGCUCCGCCACCGCCCCUGUCAGCGCUGCCGUUCAGUCUGCUCGGCCUCGACCCGCUAGCCACGGCCUGGGCCGGGACCGUCGCUGACAGCUACCCGGCUGAUUAUCAGGUUGAGCCGCUGAAGGCUGAAGGCGACAGCAGUGCCGAAAGUAACGGCAACAGCUGGAGCAUCAACACUCACAACAACCACCCGGGUACCUGCAACAGUGACAACAACAACAACGCCGACGGCGACGCCGACGGAGCAAACAAUAACGAGCAUAAUGAUUGUGUGCGAAGAACGAACGGUGUAACAACGUGCGGUGUAGCAACGGUAACGUCGAAAACGUGUGGUGUUUCCGGUUCCUGGCAGCGGCAGCUGAGCGGUGGCGGCCAAUCCUCGACCAGUCAGCUCGGCGCGAUGCGUCUGAACGUUCCGGCGGCCGACCCGGUGGUGGCCGGGACCGAAGGGAGCCGGACAAGUGUGUAUAUCCCGUCGUCGUCGUCCUCGUCGGCGGCGGCCCUGACCAUCCAGGUGAACCGGGGAUCGGUCGAUGAUGGCGUCAGCAUCGUGAGCUGCUACCGGGCAGCGGGUGGAGUGGAAACGGAAGUGGCCAGUGGCUCUGGCAGUGUGAUGGUGGUCAGUGAGCGGGAGGCCGAGCCGAAAGGGGUCGGGCCCGGUGUCAGUGGAAGCUCCCCGGGGCGGGGCAGUGAGGUGAAGCAUACGUCGUUCGAGCAUACGGUGCAAGUUUCUAGUGCGGCCCAGUGCGAAGAGGCCACAGUGCUGGGUGGUGGUGGGGAGGGCGAGGAGCCCGGGGGGACGACCCCGCGUCGCACCUACACGUCAACCGAGGCGCAAACCGACGCCUGCGCUGCUCCCGUUCCGGUUCCGGUGCCGAUCCUGACUUCCACCGGGAUGGCCGGUAUCGUAGGGGGUGGCGGUGGUGCUGGGGCGGGUGCCCUACUCCACGGACUGUCACCAGUGUUGGUGGGGUGCAGCGCGAUGGCGGGUCCUGGCGGGUCGGAGUUUAGCACGCGCGAGCAUCGGCGGCGCGAGCGUCGAGAACGGCGUCAGGCGCGGAACCGGAUGCAGCAUAUUCACCCGCUCGAACCCCCGGGUGGGGCCGGUCCGGGCGCACUGCUGGGCCACCCGCACCGGUCUCCGCCCGCCCUCGAGAUCAUCCCGGACAUACUGCACAGCCAUCUGCCACCUCCCUACACCACGCUGCCGCUCGGGGCCACCAUGGUGCCGGCCGCCAUGCUUCCGGCGAAUGCUGCAGCGGCGGCCGCCGCCAUCCCGGUUCGGGCCUCCGAUGAUUGCCGCUACACGUUCCCGAUCCCGAUCAUGCGAAGUUCACCAUCGGAACGAUCACGCAAAGGAUGCUGCGGCCACUGGUUUGCGGGACCUCCGCUGCGGGCACUCAUAGCCGUGGUGGCGCUCGGCGGUGUGGCCUGUGCCCUGGGCGGUGCAGCUCUCGGUGCCACGGGCCUGGCCGGUUCGCCAACGUCCCAUCUAACAGCUGCCUUAUUAAUGAUAGGUGUCGGAGUGAUUCUGGUGACGGUCAGUGGCGCGGCCUGGCGGAUGACGGCUCCCGGGGCGCCUCCCUGUCUGGGGCUCGGUUCCACCGUCGAUCUGGGCCGCUGCUCGAGGAGACCCUGCGGACGAGGCGGAAGCACACCGCACGGGCUGCUGUAUCCUGAGUUCCAGCAUCGGCCACCGCCACCUUCCUAUCAGGCGAGCAUGCAGGAGUAUCGGCUAAGAUUGCUGCUCCUGGACCGUGACCGACAGUCGGGAAGGAUGCGCAGCACGGCAUCGCCACCGCCAACCUACCGCUCGAACGUGGGCAGUCUUCUCAGAAUACCACUCAGCUCGCGGUACAACAAUAACGGCAGCAGUACGAGCAUUUUCGGUGGCAUCAGCGGCAUCAUCAGCGGUGCCGUCGGUGGGGGAUCGAGCAACAGCGUGAACCACGUCAGCGGCAGCACGUCAGAUCAUCAGCAGCAGCAGCAGCAUCAUCGAGUCAGCAGCUCACCGAGCGGCGGUGCCAUGGACCCUCCGAAUCCGUACGGUGUCAGCGACGGCCAUAGUACGCUUCCGCCGAGCUAUCGGUCCGUCGAGCUGCACCCCGUGGUGGAAACACUUCAACGGCAACCUCCGCCAGCGCCUGUCCAGCAGUCCAGCAGCAGUCCUGGCGCGGCCACCGACGGAAGUGACGAUAAUAAUGCGCACUCCAAUGGAGCUUCGUCGGUGGGAUCUAUAAUUAAAAUCGAUGAUCGGGUGGCCAUCGGGCCUACCAGUCCGUGUCCUGCGGUCAGUAGCGGCCUUGAUGAAGCACCAAUCGUCACCACGACAUCCAGCACGAUGGUCAAGGAUCUGGUCACGAUUGUGACUAUCUCCGGCACGAUUGAACCGUCGGCCACGGCCGGCACGGGUGUCAGCAAAUCCGUCUACACCACCAGCAACAGCGGCGACAGUAAUUCCGGCGAUGGCACCGGAACCGGAACCAUCUCGAGUGGGGGCGCCACGUGUACAUUAUUAAACUCCAACUCGACGCCCCUGCUGGCUACGGUCAUUCCGGUCAGCAAAGCGGCACCGACCGUCGCUUCUUCGACACCAGCGACCGUCACCGGUCAGUGCUGAGCGGCCUGGGGGAGAGUUUUAACAUACACACAAACAGAGUUACCGGAAGUGGCCCCCGGGUGGUGGGUUCCAUUCCGCAAAACGCCAUGAAAGUCUAGUUUUAUUCGUCCGCCUUACUAAUGGCCCCUCCUGCGUUCCGGACCGCACCGAGGCGACCUUACCGGUCAAUUGGCCGGUUUAGUGACAAAGCCGUGCGGCUGUUGUCCUCGUGGGAACCCGUCGUGAAGUUGCGAACUCCGCGCGCCGAAAGUGGUGGACGGUGUUAGGUCACUCCUCCUCGGUAUCCUGCUAGUGGCCCACGAGGACACAGAAC